UCAGUAGCACCCUGACUAUCAGCUGAGCAACUGCAACACCAACACUUUCCAGGACCAGGGCCAGUGUUUUAUUUCUGCCUAGACUGAGAGCCGCUUCAGCCCGAGCAAUAUGCUUGAGACUGCAGAGCUGCACUUCAAUGUGGAUCAUGGCUACCUGGAGGGCCUGGUGCGAGGAUGCAAAGCCAGCCUCUUGACUCAGCAGGACUAUGUCAACCUAGUGCAGUGCGAGACCCUGGAAGAUCUGAAAAUCCACCUCCAGACCACUGAGUACGGCAACUUCCUGGCGAAUGAAACAAACCCUCUCACUGUUUCCAAAAUUGACACUGAGAUGAGGAAGAAGCUCUGCAGAGAGUUUGAAUACUUCCACAACCAUUCCUUGGAGCCUCUGAGCACAUUUUUAACCUACAUGACAUGCAGCUAUAUGAUAGACAACAUAAUUCUACUGAUGAAUGGGGCACUGCAAAAGAAAUCUGUGAAAGAAGUGCUGGCCAAGUGUCACCCUUUGGGCCGUUUCACAGAGAUGGAAGCUGUCAACAUUGCAGAAACCCCCUCAGAUCUCUUCAAGGCUGUGCUGGUUGAAACACCAUUAGCUCCUUUCUUUCAAGAUUGUAUGUCUGAAAGUACUCUCGAUGAACUGAAUAUUGAAUUACUACGCAAUAAACUAUACAAGUCUUACCUUGAAGCAUUCUACAAGUUCUGUAAGGAUCAUGGGGAUGUUACAGCAGAAAUUAUGUGUCCCAUUCUUGAGUUUGAGGCCGACAGACGUGCUUUAAUCAUCACUUUGAACUCAUUUGGCACUGAGUUGAGCAAAGAAGACAGGGAGACACUGUUCCCCACCUGUGGCAAGCUCUUUCCUGAGGGGCUGCGUUUGUUAGCUCAAGCUGAAGACUUUGAGCAGGUGAAGAGAGUAGCGGACAAUUACGGGGUUUACAAGCCUCUGUUUGAAGCUGUAGGUAGCAGCGGGGGAAAGACCCUGGAAGAUGUUUUUUAUGAGCGAGAGGUGCAAAUGAAUGUGCUGGCAUUCAACAGGCAGUUCCACUAUGGUGUGUUUUAUGCAUACGUAAAGUUGAAGGAGCAAGAGAUGAGAAACAUUGUGUGGAUAGCAGAAUGCAUCUCACAGAGACAUCGAGCUAAAAUCAACAGUUACAUUCCCAUUUUAUAAGCCAGAGGGGAGGCCUCAAAUGCAGAAAAACAUACAUGGAGAAAGGAAAUUAUUGGGGAAAGAAAAGGGCUAUUUCAUUAUCUAGAUUAGAUAAAAGUAGGUCAUACGUCAUUUCCAUAAACUGCAUGUCCACUGGAAGCACAGUAAACUGAACUUGAAGCAAAGUAUUACUUUCUUGUUUUUAGAAACCCUUAAUCAUUUCUUUCCUGUUUAUGUCUCAUUGCUCACUGGCCUUACACAAUCAUUUUAAUGGACCCUGUAACACUUUUCCUAGUCUCAUUUAGUCAUGUUAAAAUCAUACCUACACAGGUAUUUCACUCCUCCUUUUCCAUUCUUCUUCCCAAGCUCAAACACUGAGUCUCUGCUUUA